AUGCCUGAGAAGAUUGACCAACAAACUGAUGGACGGGCUACUCGGAUAUUACCCGUCCAUAGUUUUACAGACUGCUUACCCGGUGAGAAUGUUCUCGAGAUAUGGGCCACACGGGUUAGAGAGGGUGGACCAGAAGUUACGGCACUUAUCGAAGCUGCGGAGGCAAUACGGGCUAGUGAUAUUCCCGUAGCCUUUCCAACAGAGACAGUCUACGGAUUGGGCGCAGACGCAACUCGCAGUGGGGCUGUUCAAGGAAUAUACAAGGCAAAACAGCGGCCAUCUGAUAACCCGCUGAUUGUCCAUGUCAGCUCUAGAGACCAACUGGAAAGACUUCUCGUGGACCCGAAGCAAUCAAAUGGAGCUAUUCAAUCUAUCACUACAUCACCUAUUCCCAAAAUAUAUGAACCAUUAAUGGAGAGAUUUUGGCCCGGACCUUUAAGCAUUAUCCUCCCAAACCCACCACAUUUGCCUUUAGCUCCAGAAGUUACUGCAAACCUUCCAACCUUUGCUGCACGAAUGCCUUCAUCUCCCCUCGCACGACUUCUUAUUGCACUCUCCGACAAGCCGGUAGCUGCUCCGUCCGCAAAUGCUUCUACAAAACCUUCUCCCACCACUGCACAACACGUAUUUACGGAUCUACAGGGACGAAUCGAUAUGAUUUUAGACGGCGGGCCCUGUGGAGUCGGCAUUGAAAGCACAGUAGUUGAUGGACUCAGUUCUCCUCCUGCGAUCCUCCGACCGGGGGGUGUUGGAAUUGACGAGUUACGAACUUGUCCUGGCUGGGAGGAUGUUCAAAUCGGUUAUAAAGAUGGAGCUCUACAAGGCAAAACUGCUCCACGGGCGCCAGGGAUGAAAUAUAAGCAUUAUUCCCCCAAAGCAAGAGUUAUUCUUUUCGAAGCUGGUCGAGACACCGCCUCCGUUACAGACAGAAUAAUUGCAGAUAUUAAUAAAGGGCCCAAGUUGGAACAAGCGCCAGCUUCUAUCGGCAUUGUUCGGACCAAAACCUGGAAAAAGGGAUUAGGAAUCACUCGAGUGUCGCUAUCUAAUGGCGCAAGCUGUGAAACCAAGUCCUCGCUUCUCGAUAUACCGAUUGAAUGUGACCGAAUCAAUCCCUCUUCGCAGCCUACCAAUAUGCUUGACAUAUACUUGGGGGAGGACACCUCAUCCAUUGCUCGCGGCUUAUUUUCCGCCCUUCGCAGUCUUGACGAGAGGAAUGUGUCUGUUAUUUAUGUCGAAGGAAUAUCAGACACUGAAGGAGACCUAGCAGCCGCCGUGAUGAAUCGUCUGCGGAAAGCAGCGGAGGAAGAAGUAAAGAUUUCGCAGUAA